AUGCUUCUAUUCUCUCUUGUUGCCGUAUUGUUCCUUGCUGCUGCUUCUGCUGCUGGUGAGAGGACCAUAAAUCCAGAAGAGCAGCAACCACUACUACAAAACCCUCCUUCCAUACGCUCUUUCACCCAAGCUCACAACAUCUCUCUCGAUGAGAUUGUACUCUCGCGGGACUCUGCAGGUCAAGGAAAAUGUUGCCCGAUAGGCACUGUUUUCAAUGGCAAUACAUGCGUAUUCCGAUCGUCAUCAGUGUGUCCUCUCCAUACUCAUCUCGACGGCGGGGCUUGUGUUAGCGACAAGGAUCCGGACUGUGGGCCUGGUGGCCUUUUCACAGGCGGCUCGUGUGUGUCUGCUGUGAGCCCUUCUUGUUCAUUAGGAGGUACAUUCGACGGAACAGAGUGCAAAACCAAGCGGUUACCAAAUUGCGAAAAUGGAUUUGGUUUCAAUGGGGUAGCUUGUGUCUAUCUUGGUACACGGAAUUGCCCUAAGAACUCAACAGCACAGGGCCCGCAGUGUGUAUUAGAUAAAGGGCCAGGAUGUCCGGGUAAUGAUAAGUUCGAAAGUGGAUCAUGCACGCAUUCUGAACCCCCAGAGUGCCCUAAAGGGAUGAAGCUGGAGGGAGGGCUUUGUACUGCAAAGCAAACGCCGCAGUGCCCCGGAGGGUUCGAGUUCCAGGACAAAAAAUGCACGCAUUCAGAGAAGCCGACAUGUCUCAAUGGAUCGCUAAAGGGUAAGGUAUGCGUUACAAAUGAAGGACCCAAAUGCAAAACUGGGAAAUUUAAUGGCAACGUUUGCCAGGCGGCAGAUCCCAUCUGCGUGGGGGGAGCCAUGUUGCAGAAUGGUAUGUGCACUGCUCCCCCAAUGUGUUCCGAGACCUCUCCACUCUCAACAGACCCAAAGACCGGUGAGGUAAGAUGUUGUCCGUCUGGAACAAGUUUGAAAAGCCUACGGUGCACGUCCUCAGCAGACACUACGGGAGUGACCCCUGAGAAACCUAUCUGCCUGGCUGGGUUCUCAUUCGACGGGAAACACUGUGCGUUCAAUCAACCUCCAUUCUGUGACCAAAACUCUGUAUUUUCCGGUGGAAUUUGCGUAAAUAAUGAGACGCCAUCUUGUGCGACAGGAACAUUUGAUGGAUCCAAUUGCGUCGUUCCAAAUCGCCCGGUGUGUCCAGCUCAGUCUACUCCAUCCGGUGAACUCUGCAUAUCGACAGUGACUCCUAGCUGCCCAGAGCAGAUGGCACUGAGGGGAGACUACUGUAUUUCAACAGAACAACCGAAAUGCCCAGGAUCAUCGAUAUUCUCUGGUUCCCUCUGCAUUACUUCGGGAACACCCAGCUGUCCCCAAGGGUCCACACUUGUGGGGGAUAAAUGCACCCUUUCGACGCCCCCUUCGUGUCCGGCCAAUUCAGUGCCGGAUCAGGAUGCCUGCAUCUCCCUAAUCUUACCUAGCUGUGAUCCGCCAUUCAUAUUCUCUGGUGAUGAAUGUUUUGCAACAGAGGCACCAAUUUGUACGGACCCUCAGGCUGUGUUUGAUGGAAGUGGUUGUAUCCUGACCACCCUCCCCAAAUGCCCUGAUGAAACCAGCUUCGACGGGUCACGCUGCGUCUCAAUCCAAGGACCACAAUGCACCAAUGAUCUUAUAUUUGAUUCGAAGACGUGUGCAUCCACAGAACCACCACAGUGCUCAGCUGGGACGGUGUUGGCUGGGGAAAAGUGCAAGUCGGCAACCGGUCCAACUUGUGCAGCACCUUCGCAGUUUGACGGAACCUCUUGUGUGAUGCCCGAUAAGCCCGUCUGCCCGGAAGGGAGUAUCCUAUAUAAGGAUGACGUUUGUGUGACUAUCAUCGCGCCUUCAUGCCCGAAGGGGGCUAUCUUUAAAGACAAGAAGUGUAUCUCGACGCAAGCUCCGACUUGCGCCUCUCCUCUCAUCGUCGAGGGGAACGCUUGCGUGUCCGCGGAAAAGCCCAAGUGUCCUGAUGGAACAUCCUUUGAUGGGAAGAAAUGUAGUAUCACACCACUUUCUGGGUGCUAUGACAUGCAUUACUGUCCACCGCGAUAG